CUUCUUUCUAAUUUCUUUUUUUUUUUUUUCUCUCUAUCUAAACAUUUCUAUCAAUCUCUCUCUACGCGAUCUCUACACGAAAAAAAUAAAAUUCUCAAAUUAAAAAAAUCUAAUCACUUGUUUCAUCAGUACUAGAUGUCUAGGGUUUUGGUUGUGUUCUUGCACUAACUAACUUGCAGGAUUUUUCUUCUUUUAAUCAUUCUGUCGAUUUGUGCUCUUCAAUUACUGCACUAGUGUAGCUUCACAGCUUCAAGUACGUCAAGUUUUAUCAACUGAAUCUCGCCUGAGGAUAUUUUGUUGAAUAGCGCUGCUGUGAAUUUCUUCAAACACUUUCAGCAUUGGACCUCAUUACUGAACUCAUAUAUGUGCCUGAAAGCUUCAUAAAGUGGUGUCACUUCAUUAUUUUUAAUAUUGGGAUGGGAUUACUUUAGGAGAAUUGUGUAUAGCGACUUCACAUCCUAAAUUUAGAAAACAUGCCUUCAUGGUGGGGUAAAUCAUCAUCCAAAGAAGUGAAGAAGAAAGCAAGCAAGGAAAGUUUCAUUGACACAUUGCACCGAAGAUUUAAGACUCCAACUGAGAGUAAAACAAGUGGUAGGUCAGGAGGUUCACGAAGACGCUGCAGUGAUACCAUUUCAGAGUUAGGCUCUCAAUCUCGAGCAGAAUCAAGAUCUCCCUCACCUUCAAAAAAUCAUGUUGCAAGAUGUCAAAGUUUUGCUGAGAGGCCCCAUGCCCAACCCCUUCCUCUUCCUGGUGUGCACCCUGGUACUGUGGGACGAACGGACUCCGGAAUUGGCAUGUCAACAAAGUCGAAAUUGGAAAAAGGCUCAAAGUCAUUGUUUCUGCCUCUCCCAAAACCAGGAUGUAUCCGCAGUAGAGCAAAUGCAACAGAUGUAGAUGGAGAUUUGGCCACUGCUUCAGUUUCUAGCGAGAGCUCCAUUGAUAGUGAUGAUCCUGCUGACUCAAGUCACCGUAGUCCCCAGGCAACUGAUUAUGAUCAGGGGAAUAGAACUACUGCUAGCAAUUCCUCCAGUGUGAUGCUCAAGGAUCACUCUUGUACUGCCACUCAAAUAAAUUCUAGAGAGUCAAAAAAGCCAGCUAACAUUUCUAUUGGUAAUCAUACAUCCCCUACAUCACCCAAACGGAGACCUCUAGGCAGUCACGUGCCGAAUUUACAGGUUCCACAUCACGGUGCUUUCUGCAGUGCCCCAGACAGCUCCAUGUCAAGUCCUUCUAGAAGUCCAAUGAGAGCAUUUGGCACUGAACAAGUCAUAAAUUCUGCUUUCUGGGCAGGGAAGCCCUAUACUGAUGUCUGUUUACUAGGAUCUGGCCACUGCUCUAGUCCUGGUUCAGGUUAUAAUUCUGGGCAUAAUUCAAUGGGAGGCGAUAUGUCAGGACAAUUACUCUGGCAACAAAGUAGGGGUAGUCCUGAAUGUUCUCCGAUACCUAGUCCUAGAAUGACUAGUCCUGGCCCCAGCUCAAGAGUUCAAAGCGGUGCUGUCACACCAAUUCAUCCUCGAGCAGGAGGGGCAACCAUUGAGUCACAGGCAAGCUGGCCUGAUGAUGGGAAACAACAAAGCCACCGGUUACCACUUCCUCCUGUGUCAGUUUCAAGUUCCUCUCCUUUUUCACACUCAAAUUCAGCAGCAGCAUCUCCUUCUGUACCACGAAGUCCUGGAAGGGCAGAAAAUCCAAUAAGCCCUGGAUCACGCUGGAAAAAGGGAAAGCUGCUGGGUAGAGGCACAUUUGGACAUGUUUAUGUAGGUUUUAACAGUGAAAGUGGCGAAAUGUGUGCUAUGAAGGAAGUGACGUUGUUUUCAGAUGAUGCCAAGUCAAAGGAAAGUGCUAAGCAGUUGAUGCAGGAAAUUGCUCUGCUGAGCCGUUUACGGCAUCCAAACAUUGUGCAAUACUAUGGGUCUGAGACGGUUGGUGAUAGACUUUAUAUCUACUUGGAGUAUGUAUCUGGUGGAUCCAUAUACAAACUUCUUCAAGAGUAUGGGGAGUUGGGUGAACUAGCAAUUCGUAGUUAUACUCAGCAAAUCUUGUCAGGACUUGCAUUUUUACACUCUAAAAGCACUGUCCAUAGAGAUAUUAAAGGCGCAAACAUACUUGUGGAUCCAAAUGGUCGUGUUAAAUUGGCCGACUUUGGUAUGGCAAAGCAUAUCACUGGACAAUCAUGCCCACUUUCAUUCAAGGGAAGCCCUUACUGGAUGGCUCCUGAGGUUAUAAAAAAUUCAAAUGGCUGCAACCUUGCUGUGGACAUAUGGAGUCUUGGAUGUACUGUUCUGGAAAUGGCUACAACAAAACCUCCUUGGAGCCAAUUUGAAGGGGUUGCUGCAAUGUUUAAGAUUGGAAAUAGCAAGGAUCUCCCAGCAAUUCCAGAUCACCUCUCUGACGAGGGCAAGGAUUUUGUAAGGCAAUGCUUGCAACGCAAUCCGCUACAUCGGCCCACUGCUGCACAGCUUUUGGAACAUCCUUUUGUGAAAUCUGCUGCACCUUUGGAAAGACCUAUUUCAGGCAUCGAACCUAUGGAACAAGCCCCUGUAGUUACAAAUGGGGUGAAAGCUCUGGGCAUUAGUCAAGCAAGGAAUUUUACCUCUUCAGAUUCAGAGAGGCUUGCAGUUCAUUCAUCUAGAGUUCUGAAAACAAGUCCCCAUGCCAGUGAAAUCCAUAUUCCGCGGAACAUAUCAUGUCCUGUCUCACCAAUUGGAAGCCCUCUAUUACAUUCAAGGUCGCCGCAGAGAAUGUCCCCUUCACCUAUAUCUAGUCCACGGACCAUGUCAGGCUCAUCCACUCCUCUUACAGGUGGCAGUGGUGCUAUUCCAUUCAAUCACUUGAAACAGUCAGUUUAUUUGCAGGAGGGUUUUGGAAGCUUGCCAAAGCCCUCAAAUGGUAUCUACAUCAAUGGCCUCUCUUACCACGAUUCUAAUCCAGAUCUUUUUCGAGGAAUGCAGCCAGGGUCUCACAUAUUCUCUGAACUGGUUCCCUGUGAAAAUGAUGUUUUAGGAAAGCAACUUGGAAGGCCUGCUUAUGGAGAACUUUAUGAUGGACAAUCGGUCUUGGCUGAUCGUGUGUCUCAGCAGCUCUUAAGGGAUCAUGUGAAGAUGAAUCCAUCCCUGGAUCUAAGCCCCCGCUCUUCUUUGCCCAAUCGAACCACUGGUCUAUAACUUUGAGAAUUUUGUGGACCACCUGACGGAGCAAGCUUUCUAGAUCUUUUUUCUUCUACAUUGAUAGUCCCGAGAUUAACUGCUGAGGAAGCUAGGAAUUGCAAUCAGGGUUCAGAAAGAAAACUGUGGAAAAGGCUAAGGCCCAAAGAAAGAGUGGCGCACAGAGAAAUGUCCUGGGUGGAGCUAGGUCGUAGUGGCUGGCUUUAUGCAGUCAUAUCAUAGAUGACCAUGCUAAGCUAAUGCAGAUUCUGGAAGUGGCUGCUCCGCUGCACCAGUGAAUGGAACUCGCUUCCUAGCAAAUAAGAAACUAGCUGUUGUAGUACUUGGCAUCUACUUGCAUAAAAUCAAAGUGCAUAAAUCUUUAAGUGGUUGACUGAAUCAAGAUAAGCGAGAUCUAAUUUCCCAGGGAUUUGGGGUUCUGGGCAUCUCUGUAUGCAUGGCAGUUCCUUCAGUAUGAAAAUAUUCAAAGCAGUGAGAACUGUACAUUCUUUUAGACCAUGGCAUAGAAGAAAAACAAGAAUUUAAUUCGAGUCCGUGGGGAAUUAUUAGCUUUUGGACUACUUUUUCGGGAUCUGAGACUGCUGUACAGUAUAUGGAGAACUGAAUUGAGGUUAGCAAUUUGUGUAUGAAGCAAUCUUGGAUUUUGCUGAGCCUGUGCAUCUGUGCCCUUUGAUGGUCAUGCCAGCUCAGAUUAACUGCCCUUGUAUCCUGUGUUCGAGCUGAUUUGUUGUGUACAUUACCACUUGAGUUAAUUCAAAAAAGAAAUCUAAUCUAUUAUUUUGUAA